UUUAAUUUUUUCGUGUCCAUAUAAAUUUGAAACACACCUUAUUUAGCCAUGCAAUUAUGCUGGCUUUGAGUAGCCCACUUGACUGUUCGUGGAGUACUUCAUGAUAUCAUUUUAGGUGGUGUGGGGCUUGCCCCCUAUGCGGGCACUGAGAUGUGAGUAAUAGCAAGCACCAAAGUGCAUGACUACAUAUGGAGCAUUGGUCAAAGCUUGCUAUCAUUUGCCUUGACUGACACAGAUCAUGGAAAAUAGUCAGUAGUACUGGUUCAAGGUAAAUACCAUUUUUUGAUCAGUAGAAAUUAAUGCAUUUAUUUGUUACAGGCACUGAUCAUAAGUUAUAGGCACAUGUACCUAUAACUUAACUUGUUUGCGAGCAAGAUGGAGACUGGAACUGCUGCCAUUGGGUUUCAACAUUUAGACGUGAAUAUCUGGCAAACGGUUGCAUGCCGGACUUUUCUUUAUUCUUUGCCAAUAAAUAUUGUUAGCUUGUAUGAUCACUAUGCUGGGCUAUUUGGUAAACUCACGAUAGGCGUAGCAGAGCACGCAGCAUGACUCCAUAUAGCACCUAGAAGUAGGCUAUAGGCUGAUUUCACAGGGGCUAUAUCUUAGAAUCACAUAUAGAGGUGUGGUUCCUUUGACUUUUCUUUUUAUUGCAACACUUUAGGAAAUGCCUACAUAGACAAUAAAACUAAUGUAACUACUAAUUUGAUUAGUUUCAAUCAAGACAGAAAAUGAUAAGGAUGCUCUUUAUUUUAAACCAUUUUGAUCAAGUUACAUAAAAUUGUGAUUGCAUAAUCAUCCAAAAUUAUUAUUAGACUGGACUCUCACUGGUUUUAUGUAAUUUUAGUUUAAUGUUGUAUAAAACUAACAGCUCGUACUAGUUUGUUUAAAACCUGCACCAUUCAAAAAGCCUCAAAAUGGUGGCUCCGUAAGUAACAUAACAUUUGUGUUCAGACCUGUUUAUAUAAACUUUGACCUCUAGACAAAUUACUCUGUAUAUAAUUAUUACCUUAGCCUAAUCAUAGUCUGAUAAUUUGGCAGAUUAUCUGACUUUAGUCUGUGUAUGACAUUAGUUAUUUCAUAUUUAUUUAGACUAUUAAAAUUUUAAAUAUUUCAUAUAAUAGGUCUAUCAGAAAUCUCUAUGAUAGGCUGACCAUAACAUUUACAGUUCAACUGAGACACAUUUCAGAAUCAAUGAAAAUGGAGUCUAAAACUGAUUGAAUUUUGGUUAUUUUUUAAAAUUUAUUUAUCGAUGAUGAUAUAUUGGCAUAUUAAUGAAAUGCUAUUCAAAGAUUGAUUCUACAAUCAAAUAUUAAAAACAGGCCAAACUGGGGACGGUCCCCAGAAAUCAGGGACAUAUGAUCAUCUUAUCUAUGACAUUCUUGAGUUUUAAUGCCAUUGAAGAGAUGUGCUUUUUUGUAAUUUCAGGUGGAAUAUUUUGCCUUUCUUCUUUGUUAGCAAUGCUUUAUUUAUGUGGUUGUUUUCAUUUCACCUAAAUAUUCUCAAUUACAUCGAGAUCUGGGACUCUGCAGUCAAUGUUGAUGUCUUUUUAUAUUAUAUAAUAGCCAUUCUUUCACACAUCAUUCAUUAUAUAUUUUAUCAAACUUAAAAGAUUUUUUAUUGCCUGGCAUUGCUAGGCAUGACUAGGCCAGAGAAUACAAUAAUUCAAGCAAAACUCAAGACAAAAUAACAAGAAGCCACAACUCAUGGAAAAAGCAAACAUGGAAACCAUAAGAUUCGUGAACAGAAUGUGAAAAAUGAGAAGAGAUAUACAAACAAUUACAUGGGGGACUAUGGGAAGUAUGUUUUGGAUCAUUUUUCUUGUAUUUAGGGAAGUAUGUAUAUUAUCCUGCUGGAAUAUGUAAUGGGAAGAUUGUCCUAAUUUCUCAAUACUAACUUGUAAGUAAAAAAUUUAUGUUUAGUAUAUCCAGACAUACAAAUCUAUUCAUAAUUCUAUUAUUGAAAUGCAAUUUUCCAGCUCCAUUUGCUACCAUAACAUAGAUGACCUCUUGACAGUAGGCAAUAGAUGUUUAGUUUUUAUCCCUUCAUUGGGUUUACACUAUACUUUUAUCCCAUCCCAUCUUUUCCAAAUAUAUUAAACCUACUUUCAUAUGUAUAAGUAAUCUUUCUCCAAAAGUUGAAUCUCGUUCAAGUAUUUUGCAGCAGUUUUUGCAAAUGUUUAUUAGCAUCACUAAUGAAUAGUUUUUUAUUGGUGCCAGAAAUUCUCACAUAAUAGCCCAUGUAAACAGCCACACUUAAUUGCUUGUUGUGCACUUAAACACCCCUAGGUACUUAAGCUUUAAGUGAAAUUGUUAGUUUCUUAGUACCAGUAUUCAUUUGUAUCUCCUUAUUAUUCCACUAAUUAUACAUUAAACUACAAACAUCUACAUUUUUUGGCCAUUCCAAAAUGCAUUUCAGCUGUUUCAUUACAAUCCUCUUCAGUCAGGUUAUAUUGGCCAAAUAAAACUACAUUAAUAUGUAUGUUUCAUAUUGAAACUACUGACAAGCAUGUCUAAAAUGUGUAUACAUACAUUUAUAAACUUAACACAUUUAAUUAUAUGGUAGUUUUUUAAUUUUAUAUUUAUUUCACAAAUACUCUCACUAUAUACAAGUAUUCUAUUACAAUUUAUGCACAUAAAUCUAAUUAUAGUAUUUACACUAUUAUAAGCUAUACAAUUACUCCAACAUUUAAUUACAUUAAUUUUUUUCAUAGUCUUAAAAUAGAGGAAUUGAAAGUAUCACUUAGAGCAGCAAUUCCCAACUGGUGGUACAUGAAAAAAAUUUAUAAUAGCAGAGGUACUGUACUUUAAGAAUAUCAAAAUUUUGCAUUGAAACCUUUGAUGACGUCACAGCACUGAAUACGUAGAUAAAUAUUAUUUAAAACUGUGUCCUUCUUCCAAUGCUUUUCAAUUUAAAGAAAAUUUUUUUUACAUGUAAUUGUACAGCACUGUAUAAUUGACCAAGACACCACUGUUUGACAAACACAGGAAAUGAAACUUAGUGGAAAUGGAAAAUAAAGCUUAGGAAAAUGGGCUUCCGAGGGAUACGUAAGUUAUAAAAGGUUGGAACAGCUGACUUAUAGCACCUCAUCUGUUACAUUCUUGUCUUCAUCACUUAAUUUUUUCACACUCAUUUCUUUUCAAAAUUCAUUCUUGUAAAUUCAUAAGGUGACCAACUUUUUUACAAUGACAAGGACAAAUAAAUUGAAGGAAAAAAUAUCGUAAAUAAAAGAAACAUUUUAUUCGUUGCAACAGUAAUACACUAUAUUAAUCGCUAUGGCAUGCAUAUAUACUGUGUUGUGUUUCGUUAAGAAGUAAACAAAGCCACUUGCACACAUUGCACUCUCUCAAUGUCUCCCGUGCAGAGUGCAGGUGUCUCAUAAUUGCAUCUCACUGCACCGUACUGAGCCUUGAUGAAUUGUCAUGUCGUCAAUGGGACUGAUAUUUUGGAAUUUCUUACACAGGAAAAUUUAUUAUGUAGGAAAUUUUAACACACAGGUAUGGUGUAAAUGCUGGGACUAGAAAGUUUGGACUUCUUAUGUGGGAAAACCUUUCAUAUGGGAACUUCUUAAAUGAGUUCUGUAAUUAAUUAUAACACAAUAGUGUUUUGUAAGUAAUCCUGCAUUCUUUUAAAACUGGAAAUAACUUUUGAGACAAUUAAACAUUGUUUUAACUCUAAGCUCUGAAAAUUUCUUCCUAUACACCCAGAGAUGAAGUUGUUUUUACCUCUCAGGCUACAAGGAAAAUUUGUAUAACAAAACUAGUCAAACAACUUUCCCUUCAGCUAAUUUUCUCUCUAAUAGAUUAAGCCAAUUUUGGCCAACUUCGUGUUUAAAGAGUAAAAUGUUAUAUAAAUAAGUUAGUUGGUAUUUAUUUAAAUUCAAUUUAAAAAUAUUUUAUAAUCAAACCAAUCGAGCUAUGCAGGAAAAUAGAAUUCAGAAUGAAAAUUCAUUUAAAGAAUUGCAAAUUCCAAUUAAUUAUGGAUACUUAGCAGCAAAAGAAUAUGGACCACUGACUGGUGAAAAGUUGUUAGCCCUUCAUGGAUGGCAGGACAAUGCAGGAUCGUUUGAUACUUUGAUACCUCUUCUUCAUCCAAAUUUACACAUUGUUGCAGUGGAUCAUGCAGGUCAAGGAUUAUCCAGUCAUAAGCCAUUAGGAUAUCCUUAUUACAGUUUAGAUUAUAUAAAUCAUAUCAAACUUAUUGUCGACUAUCUCAAAUGGGAAAAAUUCUCAAUUUUAGGACAUAGUAUGGGAAGCAGUUUAGCCAUUAUAUUUAGUAGCAUUUAUCCAGAGAUAGUAAAUAAAAUUAUCGGCAUUGAUUUAUUAAAACCCAUAACAUAUUCAUCCGAAAUUGCAUCAAAAGUGCUUAGGAAUAAUAUAAAUCGAUACGUGAAAUUAGAAGGAAAAUUGAAAUCCAAUCCACCCGUUUAUUCUGAAGAAGAAGCAUUACGUAUCUUAAUAGAAAGUAGGAAUGGAGAAAUCAACGAAGAAGGUGCAAAAAUAUUAAUGAAACGUGGAAUUAAACGACUUGAAACUGGAAAGGUGAUUUUCUCGCGAGACAUUAGAAUUCAAUCUGUUUUGGACAGUGGAUUGGCAUGUACAGAAGCACUUAAAGCAAUUGUUUCUAAUAUACAAUGUGAUUUAUUAUUAAUCAAAGCCAAAGAAUCUCCUAUUUACACUGAUGAAGAAAGUUUAAAUGAAUUUAUGGGUAUUUACAAAACGAAAUGUAAAUCAUUCAAGUUAGUUCAAGUGGAAGGAAAUCAUUUCGUUCAUCUAAAUAAUCCAGAACGAGUUGCACCAAUUAUCAAUUCAUUCCUCUUGAAUACAAAAUCAAACAUAUAAUUUAUAUAUUUUAAUAUACAAAAAUAUACGAAAAAUUUUUGAUUUUGAUAUUACAUGUUUAUAUCACAUAUGUCCACUGUAUUGAUCUGGUAUAUUUUAAUAAUUGAAGAAGUUUUUGUUAAGAUACAAUAAUUAAAAUUAAUUUAUAUGAAAUUUAAAUUUUUAAAUUUAAGAUGCUUUUGUUAUCAGUUGCAUAAAUUGAAAGUUUUCUUUGAAUAUUUUGAUUUAACUGGUUAAAUUUUAAGAGUAUUUUUAGGAUUAUUCUUGAUUUUACGUGAACGAUUCUUAAAAGUAUAAUUCUGAAGUAACUUUGUUACAGCUGGAUAAGCAAACCAAUGACAUUGCCUAUUUUGUUUGAAAGUUUCCUUGCCAGCUUCUGUCUCCUCAAGCCAAUUAGUUGAUUAAGCACAGUUCAAAAUGUUCAAAUGAAGGUUCAUUUGAAAUACACUUGUUAAAUAUAUCACUGUUGGAGGUUGUGUUCACGGACAGUGAGUAGUAUACCUUACGAGUAAGUUUAAAAAA